GCGCACGGUGCGAGGGGCGGUGCUGCACAGCGAGGGAGGGACGGAGCGGGGCGGAGGGGAGGGACGGGAAAGCGGCGGGACGGCGGCGGGGGGCGCUGCUGGGACCGGCCCGGGGGAGCGGUGUGGUGGCGGAGGGUCUGGGAUGAGAGAAAUCUCUGAGAGGCAGGCGGGGAGGGCUGAAGGAACCGGGCUGCAGCUGAGGGAACGGGCAGUAAGGAGUUGAGGGGAGAUUCUGAGGGGUAGGCGGGAGUGAGCUGAGGGGAAGUUCUGAGGGAGAGGUGUGAAAAAGCUGAGGGGAAUUUCUGAGGAAUAGGUGCGAGUGAGUUGAGGUAACUGGGGCUGCAGCCCGGGAAAGUUCUGAGGGACAGGCAGGAGCAAGCUGAGGGAGUUUGUGAGGGACAGGUAGUGAGGAGCUGGGGGAGUUUCUGAGGGACAGGCAGUAAGGAGUUGAGGGGAGAUUCUGAGGGGUAGGUGGGAGUGAGCUGAGGGGAAAUUCUGAGGGAGAGAUGUGAAAAAGCUGAGGGGAAUUUCUGAGGAGUAGGUGCGAGUGAGUUGAGGGAACUGGGGCUUAAGCCCGGGAAAGUUCUGAGGGACAGGCAGGAGCGAGCUGAGGGAGUUUGUGAGGGACAGGUAGUGAGGAGCUGGGGGAGUUUCUGAGGGACAGGCAGUAAGGAGUUGGGAGAUUCUGAGGGGUAGGCGGGAGUGAGCUGAGGGGAAAUUCUGAGGGAGAGAUGUGAAAAAGCUGAGGGGAAUUUCUGAGGAAUAGGUGCGAGUGAGUUGAGGGAACUGGGGCUUAAGCCCGGGGAAGUUCUGAGAGACAGGCAGGAGCGAGCUGAGGGAGUUUGUGAGGGACAGGCAGUAAGGAGCUAAGGGAGUCCGUGAGGGGCAUGCUGGAGCAAGCUGAGGGGAAAUUCUGAGGGAGAGGGGUCUGGAGGCACUGGGAGACUGGAAAGGCUCCAGAGAAGAACAAGAAGAGGUUAUCUUGCUAUGCUAAACUGUAGUCCUGCAUAAAUGCACGUGUGUGAACCUCCAUGGUCGUUCGUGGCAUCUCCCAGGAGCAGCCCCAGUCCUGAUUCCUCAUUCCAGUACGUAGUGUGUGCUGCUGAGGAAGUGCAAGGCACCGCUGUGAGGAGUGUCCCCACCUGUUGGACCAGCAAGUGCAGCUCUGCAGUCCAAGCAUUCACUGAAACUUCUGCUGGGAACUUUGGCUGAGCAGCACAGGAGUGUGGUUAACUUUCACAGAGAGGAAAGAAUAGUCUCAUGCUGAAAAGCUAUGGUUCCUGCUUAAUUUAUCAUCAUUACCCAUAUGGCUAAAAGGACAAAGUUGUGACAAGCUAGUCUCCAUUGCAGGAAUUUAAGUGCAAGUGCCAAGCAACUUCUGAAGAGCUUUAUUCUGCUAUCCUGUUAAUGUGAUGUGUGUCUUCCUGUGUUGGUAGUCUGCAAAAAUAGGAUAUAUCUGGAAUUUUUAGCACUUCGAGGUACAACAAUGGUGGCUCAUGUGCUUUUCUGGUGGAUUCUGAAAGGGCUUUUUUUGUCUUUUCUGCCCAAAACUACUCUGUCCCUAAACCCAGAUGAUCCAAAUGUUUGUAGUCAUUGGGAAAGCUAUGCGGUGACAGUACAGGAAUCUUAUGCUCAUCCUUUUGAUCAGAUCUAUUAUACAAGAUGUACCGACAUACUGAACUGGUUCAAGUGUACUAGACACAGAAUAAGUUAUAAAACAGCAUAUCGAAGAGGACUAAGAACUAUGUAUCGGCGAAGAUCUCAGUGCUGCCCUGGAUAUUACGAAAGCGGAGACUACUGUAUACCACUCUGCACAGAGGAGUGUGUGCAUGGAAGAUGCGUUUCUCCUGACACUUGUCAUUGUGAACCAGGAUGGGGAGGUACUGAUUGCUCCAGUGGUUGCGACAGCGAUCACUGGGGACCCCACUGCAGCAACCGCUGCCAGUGCCAGAAUGAGGCCCUCUGCAACCCCAUCACGGGCGCCUGUGUCUGCGCAGACGGGUACCAGGGCUGGCGCUGCGAAGAGCUCUGCGACCCCGGGAGCUAUGGCAAGGGCUGUCAGUUCCAGUGCCAGUGUCACAACGGAGCUACCUGCGACCAUGAGACGGGAGAAUGUCACUGCGCUCCUGGAUACACGGGGGUGUUUUGCGAAGAGCGCUGUCCCCCAGGCAGUCACGGAGCUCAGUGUGAAUUGCGCUGCCCUUGCCAGAAUGGGGGAGUCUGCCACCACAUCACUGGAGAGUGCUCCUGUCCUCCUGGAUGGAUGGGGCUGGUGUGUGCACAGCCAUGUCCUUCUGGAACAUUUGGAAUUAACUGCAGCCAGGACUGUCCAUGCCACAAUGGAGGACACUGUGAUCCUGUGACAGGAAAAUGCAUCUGCACACCUGGGUAUAUGGGAGACAGGUGUCAAGAAGAGUGUCCUGUUGGGACAUACGGUUUUCAGUGCACACAAAGAUGUGACUGCCAAAACGGUGCAAAGUGUUAUCACGUCAAUGGAGCAUGUAUGUGUGACCCUGGAUUUAAAGGGAUUCAUUGCCAAGAAAGAAUGUGUCCAGAAGGGUUAUAUGGCCUCAAAUGCAACAAGAGAUGUCCUUGCAAUAUUACCAACACUCUCAGCUGCCAUCCAUUGUCUGGAGAAUGUAGCUGCAAAGCUGGCUGGGCUGGACUCUACUGCAAUGAAACCUGUCCCCCUGGGUACUACGGCGAAGGCUGCCAGCUGACCUGCUCGUGCCAGAACGGUGCAGAUUGCGACAGCAUCACAGGAAAGUGUACGUGUGCACCAGGAUACAUGGGAGAUGACUGCACCAUUACCUGCAUGGCAGGAACCUAUGGUACCAAUUGCUCAUCAGUUUGUAAUUGCAAAAAUGAUGGCGCGUGUUCCCCCGUGGAUGGUCUAUGCAUUUGCAAAGAAGGGUGGCAAGGAAUGGAUUGCUCUAUUCCAUGUUCAAGUGGAAGUUGGGGUCUUAACUGUAACCAGACAUGCUAUUGCACAAAUGGAGCUGCCUGCAGGCCAGCUGAUGGCUUUUGUCUCUGCUCACCUGGAUGGCAAGGGGAGUACUGUGACCAGCCCUGCCCCGAUGGAACAUAUGGUCUUAAUUGCAGUGAACGUUGUGAUUGUAGCCAUGCAGAUGGGUGCGAUCCUGUCACCGGUUACUGCUGCUGUCUUGCUGGCUGGACAGGCAUCCACUGUGACAAUAUCUGCAGCCAGGGCCGCUGGGGACCAAACUGCUCCAUCUCCUGUAACUGUGAGAACGGGGGAUCCUGCUCCCCAGAGGACGGCACCUGUGACUGUGCACCCGGAUACAGAGGACCCUUGUGCCAGAGAAUUUGUCCCCCUGGCUUCCAUGGACACCACUGCAGCCAGCCAUGCCCUCAGUGUGUGCACAGCAGCGGUCCCUGUCACCACGUGUCAGGACACUGUGACUGUUUGCCAGGAUACUUUGGCGCACUCUGCAACCAAGUCUGUCCCAGUGGAAAAUACGGGAAGAACUGUGAUGAGGUCUGCCAGUGCACCGAGAAUGGGACGUGCAAUCCUAUUGAUGGAUCAUGUCAGUGUUUUCCAGGCUGGAUAGGGAAGGACUGCUCUCAGACUUGUCCCACAGGUUUUUGGGGCCCUGAUUGCUUUCAUUCAUGCAACUGCCACAACGGAGCAAUGUGCAGCCCUUACGAUGGAGAAUGUAGAUGUACUCAUGGUUGGACGGGGCUCUACUGCACUCAGCGUUGCCCAACUGCUUUUUAUGGAAAAAACUGUGCCAAUGUCUGUCAGUGUCAGAACGGAGCAGACUGUGACCACAUCACUGGCCAGUGCACGUGCAGGACUGGAUUUACAGGCAAACAAUGUGAGCAAAAGUGCUCACCAGGAACAUUUGGUUAUGGUUGCAAACAACUGUGUGAGUGCAUGAAUAAUGCUACAUGUGACCAUGUCACAGGUACUUGCUACUGCAGUCCAGGCUUCAAAGGAAUCAGAUGUGAUCAAGCGGCUCUCAUGAUGGAAGAAUUAAACCCCUAUACUAAAAUUAGCCCUGCUCUUGGAUCAGAGAGGCACUCAGUGGGAGCAAUAAUUGGAAUUAUUAUUCUCCUUCUAAUUAUUAUGGUCUUGCUGGCACUGUUUGUGUGGUAUCGACGGAAACAGAAGGAGAAGGGCCAUGACAUGCCAAGUGUAUCUUAUACUCCAGCCAUGAGGAUGACUAAUACAGAUUACUCACUUUCUGAUAUAUCUCAAGGUAGCGGCAGCGUACAUUGUUUUUCCAAUCCAAGCUACCACACACUAUCAUGUGGUGUGACUUCACGCUUCUUUACCAGUAAUGUGGAUGGAAACAGCUCCAGUAAGCUCAAUAACAAAAUCCUUGACAGAGAAACUGCAGACUGGAGACCCUACAGCUAUCUGAAUGAACUAGGUGCUUGUGGGAUGGAUAGACGUCAGAACACAUACAUAAUGGAAAAAAGCUUCAAAGACUACAUGAAGGAGUCUGUGUGCAGCUCCAGCACUUGUUCUCUGAACAGCAGUGAAAACCCAUACGCCACCAUUAAAGACCCCCCCAUUUUAACAUGCAAACACUCCGAGAGCAGCUACGUGGAAAUGAAAUCGCCUGGUCACAGGGAAUCCCCAUAUUCAGAAAUGCCCACUUCGUCCACAGCCAACAAAAACAUCUACGAAGUUGAGCCCACCGUCAGCGUGGUCCAAGACGCCCGUGGCCGGAGUGCCAGUUACCUCCAAAAUCCAUACGACCUGCCUAGGAACAGUCACAUUCCUAGUCACUAUGACCUCCUCCCCGUGAGGCACAGCCCGACGCACGGGCCAUCUUGGGACAAGCAGUCUUAAAGGGAUGGACUUCACUGUGCUGUAACACAAACUUUGAGGAAGCAAAAGAGAAGACAAUCCUUUUCUGUGCUGCAGGAUGCUGACGUGACUGCAGACUUACGCAAGGACCUAACGUAACAAAACAUCAGCUUGGGCCAGCUGCUGCUGCAUGACGUUAUUUAAAAAGACAUUUUUUUAUAUCGGUCACAGGAACUAACGAGAACCUUCUCCAGGUGUCACUGGAGUACGUCACGCCAGGAAAGUGCUCACAUGCUCCAGGCAAAGGCUCUCCAUGGUGUGCAUUCUAACCCUGGCUUUGCUGUAAAAUACAACACAAAAACAUGCUAAGUAGAAGGACUUAGAGACGUACAUUUCUACCAGCUGUAUCAAAAAAACCCUUGUACUGUUAGGAACAAGGUGACUAGGAAUACGCUGGGAUAUGUUUUACAUCUUUGUCAUGGAAAUGGACAUUGUUCUGAACGAAAGCAGGGAAGCUUGUCAUUUCACUGUGGAAACCUCAUUUACUGCCAUCACCAUACGCAUCCUGCGCAGCUCAUGCUUGGACAUUAGCGCUGAAAUGUUCAUCUUUACAUUCAGAACCAGGGUAUUUGAGUAGAGGAAUAUUAACACAGACACGUUCUGUGCAGGUUUUAAAAUUUAACAUCUUGGCAAACGUCCAGUCGAUGCCUUCAGUUUAAACAAAGUCUCAUACCCAGCUUACCACACAUUUAACAAGUUAUACAUACUUUGAUUGGUACAGCGAUGCUUUAAUUCACCUUAUACAGCUUCAGUUUUAUUAGAUAAACGCACUAGCUUUGUCAGGCAGCCUAAGCUGCUGCACCUUCAUUUACUUCCCUGGGACACUGCAGGUUUGCACAGGCUAACCCUGGUUUGGUUUCCUUUCCUAAUGCUAGGACACGUUGGCUUCUCUAGGCCAUCUUACGAACCACCCCAUUGUGAUUCACCUGACAGCAUGCCAUUUAUGACACCCUUUAAUUUGAUGUGCAUUACCAUGUAGUGCAACUUUAUUUGUUGAUGAUUCUACCUGAAAUGUCAUUAAAUUGAGCUGAAACUGGGUUUUCUUUUUCAGCAGCUGUUUGUGAAAUAAUUAUCAAGGGGUUGACUUAUGGUAAAGCUUUGGACUAAGCCACAAUGAUUUUUUUUUUAUUUUUUGUGUGUGUGAUCCUUAUUGACCUAGAAAGUAGAAUACUUGCCGUUAAGCAGUUCCUUGUAGAUUUUGAGCAUGAAGUAGUAUUGAUUCUAAGUAUGUAAUUUUAUUAGGCAAACGUGGAAGUAGCAAGAUGAUUGCCUCUGAAAUAUAAAAAAAAAUUCUGUUGCACAUUCACCAGUCUGAUGGAAGCAGAAGAGAACGAAACCAACACCAAGCAGUUUGCUCAAAGCAUGAUCGCUUGCAUAGCUGCUGCUCCAGGGGACUCUCCGAGGAGCCUCCCAGCUUGGAGGCAGUGGCUGCAACUCGGCUCCGAGUCGACAGGGCCGCAGAUCACCAGGAGCACCCCGGGCCGGGUGGUGCUGAGCCCACACAGUGCCCCUGGGUGCUCAUCUCAGGGUGUGGGAGCCCUGGCGAUGCUCUGCUGCAGGAGCCGGGAUGCCGUGGGGUGGUCGGGUUGGCUCUGAACCCCUCUGUGCAAAGCUUGGCAGCGAGACAGCUGAGCCCAGAGAUCCCCCCAGGCUUGCAGAGCAGCGGAUUUUCAGUAUUUACAUGAAUGCUGCAUGUGUGCAUGGGGGCGAUGACUGAUCAGCAAUAGCAAUUUUAUUUUCCAGGAAAGCCUUAUUUGAGAUGUAACUAGACAAUUAUUUUGUAGAGCCAGUAGGGAUAUAUUUUGCAUAUGUGUAUGGAAAGACUUACCUCAAAAAUAGCAAGGGAAAGGCAGUUUGAUAAGGAAUCCUCUGGUUAGAGACCUACCGUGACAUCGAGCACAGUCUCAGCUGCCGGCCUGACCAAUGUCUGUGUGUGUGUUGCUGUAAAGUUUGAGAUGAGAGAGCAGAGAUGGGCUCAGAUGUGUUUUUUUUCAAAGCUGGAGUUUCAAACCAAAUGCAACAAUGUGCAUAGAGCUUAAUAGGAGAAAGAAAACAACAAAAACAACAACAAAGCAAGUACCUUCUUGUAUAUUAGCAUUAGCUUAGAAAAUAGGCACCAAAAUGGCAAUACUUUUUUAAGGCAAGACAGAUUUGUAAUAUAUUUGUUCACUGUGCGAAGGUAUUCUACCUUGUACAAUAAAUUGAAUUUCUCUCAACAUGCAUUUCUCAAACGUGCUCAUUUGCAGACCAGAACUUCCAACCCAUGCUCAGGUCCGAGUUCUCCAUGCACCAGUGCUGGCUGCAAGGGGCUGUCCACUCCUGCAGGGAAAGCCCCAGAGGCAUCAGCCUUCCAUGCCAGAGGCUGGUUCUCUGUUGCAGGACUUCUCAGAAAGCACAACGGCGUAAUACAGACCGCAGCUUUGAGGUCAUUUUGAGUAAUGCUCAGGCGAUGUCUCAGCGCUCAGUGACAGCCGUGGGAUGCGGUCGGGUGGGCACAGGACACCGGCCAGCAGCGACCCUGCUGCAGCCAGCAGCGAUGAGAGCGGGCACGCUGCAGCCACCUCAGCACCCGGCUGCUCUACUGAGUCUGAUCAAUAAACCAUGAGCACGGAUUUGCAGCUGAAACACCUUCAGAGCUGAUGACUCCGAGGCAAUACAGCAGACCGCUACACGUUGAAGCUUUUUCAAUAUUUGCGCUUCAUAUUUCUAAAAAUCUUGUUAACUAAAGCCCAGCAUGUAAUCCUCUUACCUGACAAGCCACACUCAAUAAGCUAUUAAAGUCUGGAAACUCAUCAGGUUUGAACUGAUAGAAGAAGUAAUUCUAGUUUAAUAAAAAUGUCUUUAAAUCAGAACAAUUCCACGUCUGUUCUGCUUAAAAGUCAGAGCCUCAACUCCCAUCACACAGGAGCCACCGACACCCACCAAACAGCUUCAGAAUUAAGGCUGGGGCUUUCAAAUGUGUAAAUGAGAGCAAAAGCUCUUGGCAAGCAAAGCCAAUUUUGCACGAUUACGCACAGCUCCCAGAAACUCAGAAAGCUCAUUUCAGGGCCCAAAAGCAAUAUAUUAAAAUCAGUCAUCUCCUAUUAGCAGAGAAGAGACACUUCAGUACGUAAGUAAUGCCAAUUACAGCAGAGAUGAUUAAUCAGCAGCUUAGCAGGAGCAAUGCCUGGCAGGUCAGUGUCCAGAUGGAGCAGCGCCUUGCCCUGUCUGCCCAAACACAAAGGCUUUACUAGGUAAGAAGCUGCAUCUGAGUACAUGCUCAAUUUGAUUAUACUUUAGAAGUCAAUAGUUUAUGACGGCUUUACAAACUAUUACAUGAAAACUUUGAAUUCCGUGUUGCAGCAGUUUUCAAUUACAGAAUCAGUUUUUGCAAGGCAUUUCUAAGGAUUAUUAAUUGUAAGUUCUGAGGAGAAUAAAGAAGAGUUCUUACUUGGCCUAUCCGCACGCCCAGCCGUCUCACAGCCGCAGGACUUGAACGCAGCACGGGCUGUCCCAAGGCGAGGAAGCACGAGCACGCACAGCGACACCGCGUGGGGCAGGGGCCCGCAGCUGGGGUUCGUGCUCCUCCAGGCUCCGCCGUGAUCGCGUUUACCCCAGGAGGAAGCGCCUUGCAUAAAGCCAUGUGAAAUCCACACCUGACGUGGCGGCUGAGUCAGGCUGUCUGACGAAGUGAAUCAGAAAGGGGAGCGAAGUGAAACUCACCCUGCAUUUCCAGUUGACAAAUUUAGAAGUUGGCUGCCCUGGUAAUUUGGUUAAUUCCAAAACACCCUCCCGUCUGGCCAAAGAAAGCUCUCUGAGAACAGUUCCCACAGCGAGCAGGGGCCCCAUCUUACACCUCCAGCUCAGACUCAUGCGAUAAAUACCAAGAAGGCCCCAAAAUUUCAGGCUGUUUCAGGCAUCCCGCCCCAGCCGAGCCACCAGCGCUGCCCCACACUCUGCAGGCGACUUCCCCCCAAGGCUAUGGGGGCACCAUGCACAGGGCCCAGCAGCAGCUGCCUCCCACAGCACCACUCCUUCAGCAGAGGGCAAGAGGGUGGGGAAUCAAAAAGGUUCGGUAAUUUGCUUUGGAAGGCAGUGCUUUGUCAUUCCACGGGAUUUUCUUACUGGUGGCAAUGGGGAAAAAUACGGAGGUUUGUAAAAGCCAUUCAAGGAUUUGACUAGAGAAGAGCCCACAGACUUUUCCCAAUAUAAAAGCUUCCUGAAGCUGCCAAAAAGUCACAGCGAUGAUCUAUAUCAGCCCCCAAAACCACAGGCUUGGUUUGAACAAAGGCAAGUGUGUUACAUGUCGUACAUGGCCCUUCCAG